AUGACGCACGGCACACUCCACACAGCCACACUCCAUACACGACACACUCCACACACUCCACACUCCACAAACGCCACACUCCACACACUCCACACUCCACACACGGAACACUCCACACAUGGCACACUCCAGACUCCACACACUCCACACACGGCACACUCCACACACGGCACACUCCACACUCCACAAUCCACACACGGCACACUCUACACACGGCAAACUCCACACACGGCACACUCCACACACGACACACAUGACGCACACUCCAUACAUGGCACAGUCCACACACGGCAGUCAACACACGGCACACUCUACACACGGCACACUCCACACUUCACACACGGCACACUCCACACACGUCACACUCCACACAUGGCACACUCAACACACGGCACACUCUACACACGGCACACUCCACACACCCCACACACAGCACACUCUACACACGGCACACUCUACACACGGCACACUCCACACACGGCACACUCCACACACGGCACAUUUACACACGGCACACUCCACACACGGCACACUCCACACACGGCACACUCCACACACGGCACACUCUACACACGGCACACUCUACACACGGCACACUCUACACACGGCACACUCCACACACGGCACACUCCACACACGGCACAUUUACACAGGGCACACUCCACACACUCCACACAUUCCACACACGGCACACUCCACACGCGGCACAUUCCACACACGGCACACUCCACACACGGCACACUCUACAUACAGCACACUCCACACACGGCAAACUCUACACACGACACACUCCACACACGGCACACUCUACACACGGCACAUGCUACACACGGCACACACGGCACACUCCACACAUGGCAUACUCCAGACUCACACACGGCACACUCUACACACGGCAAACUCCACACACGGCACACUCCACACACGGCACACUCUACACACGGCACACCCCACACACGGCACACUCUACACACGGCACACUCCACACACGGCAAACUCCACACACGGCACACUCCACACACGGCAUACUCCACACACGGCACACUCCACACACCACGCACGGCACACACCACACACGGCACACUCCACACACGGCACACUCCAUAUUCACUCGUACAUAUAACUACAUACAGCACACUCCACACACGGCACACUCUACACACGGCACACUCCACACAACGCACACUCCACACACGGCACAUUUACACACGGCACACUCCACACACGACACACUCCACACACGGCACACUCCACACACGGCACACUCUACACACGGCACACUCCACACACGGCACACUCCACACACGGCACACUCCACACACGGCACACUCCACACACGGCACACUCCACACACGGCACACUCUACAUACAGCACACUCCACACACGGAACACUCUACACACGGCACACUCCACACACGGCACACUCUACACAUGACACACUCCACACACGGCACACUCCACACAUGGCACACUCUACACACGGCACACUCCACACUCGGCAGACUCCACACACGGCACACUCUACACACGGCACACUCCACACACGGCACACUCUACACACGGCACACCACACACGGCACACUCCACACACGGCACAAUCCACACACGGCACACUCUACACACGGCACACCACACACACGGCACACUCCAGACACGGCACACUCCACACACUCCACUCACGGCAAACUCCACACACGGCACACUCUACACACGGCACACUCCACACACAGCACACUCCGCACACGGAACACUCUACACACGGCAAACUCCACACACUCCACACUCUACACACAGCACACUCCACACUCAGCACACUCUAA